AUACUACAACACAAACAUUAUACCUAAUGCGAACAUAAAAUACAAUUGCACACAAAUUAGAGAGAGGGAUGUCAACGGCCAUCUCUUCAUAAAGAUAUAUAUACAUUUACAUAUAUAGAUUACCACCAGAUCGUAAAUAUUAAACGUAACACCGAUUACUGUAUCACACUCAACGACGAAUUAGGUACACGGCCCGUUGGAAAAGAUGUAUAGCAAUCAGUUUAUUUACUCUAAGGAGCGUCGUCGUUUCGGCCGACAAUGUCUGUUCCGGGACCGCAACGAGCUUAUGGUGAGUGUGCACCCGAGCGGGAGAUUGCGGAUGAAGUACAUUAUGCGCAAUCCGACGGAUCGAGGGACACAGUUGACCACAUCAAUGGCACUGUCCAUCAUGGAGACAAUGAAUAAGUCGUAUGAACAUCGUACCGUUAGCCACAUGGAAGGGGGCUGGCCCAAGGAGGUCAACGUUCAUGAUGAGGAGCAAACGCUGCGCCAUCGCAAGAAGGUGGAGCGCGAGGAUAGCUGGGGUGAUCAGGUGACGCGAUUGGUAACCAAACUAAUGGAUGUUGUGGACGAGAACAAUGCCCUGAAUAUCUAUCAGGACUUUUUCUCCGAAAUGCCCGCCGAUAUGGGAAAUGAUAUUCGCAUGCGUUGGGAGUCGCGCAACAUAAAUGUGUUUCACGACAUCUGGAACCCGGUGCGUCCCAUAGCAAUGAUCGACUGGAUGCCCAACAAUCGGCGGCAGUUCAUCACACUGUUCGUCAACAAAUACGGAAUGAGGAAAGAUUCUAUCCGCAUGGUGUCCGAUGAAUCUGGGUAUGGCAGCGAAAAUGCUUUCUAUGUUUGGGACUUUAAGAAUCCACUAAAGCCGAAACUGUUCUAUGACUGUCCGGAGGUAAUUUAUCGCGCUAAGAUCUGCCCGAAGGACGAGAACAAUCUCGCCGGCGGACUGAGUUCGGGCAAGGUGUGCAUGUGGCAUACAUUUAAGGCGGGCAAUCCGUUGCGCACUUGCCCCUUGGAGGCGGCCCAUAGAGAGGCCACAUCUGCGCUCUGUUGGGUGCAUUCCAAGUCCAACACUGAGUUCUAUUCGGGUUCGCUGGACGGUUCCAUUAAAUACUGGGAUACACGCGAUCUAAAGAUGCCCGUACAUGAGCUAAUGCUGGAGCCGGAUGCACAGGAGAUCCAAAAUCGGCAGAAUUCGCACGGUGCCUUGGUGCUGGAGUUCGAAUAUACGAUCCCGGUGCGAUUUAUAAUUGGCAGCGACAUGGGCACCAUAUUUGUGGGAAAUCGCAAGGGCAUGACCGCUCCCGAAACGCUGUUGGCCCAAUAUAAGAUGUUCUCGGGACCCGUACGUACCAUAACUCGAAAUCCGUUCUUUGUGAAGAACUUCAUAAUCACCGGUGAUUGGCGCGCACGCAUCUGGUCCGAGGAAAGUAAGGAUAGCCCCAGCACCAUGUAUGUGAAGAGCAAGGGCCAGAUUUUGUGUGGUGCCUGGAGCUCUGCCCGCUGCUCUAUGUUUGUCACGGGCAAUAACAAGGGGCAACUAGACUUCUGGGAUCUGCUGCUGCAUCAUCGCAAGCCCAUUUGGAGCGUAAAGUUCAAAUCGGCGAUCACCGAUGCUAUCUUUCGAGCCGAAGGCGAUCUAUUGGCAGUAGCCUUCGAAAACGGGGACACCCGAUUGCUUCAAAUCGAUGACGUGAUGAAGCAGUCCACUGGCAAGGAGAAGGCGCUCAUUGCUGCCAUGUUCGAACGUGAAAUAUCUCGCUGCAAAGUACUGGAAGCUCGAGUUGAGGAAAUGAGACUGAAACGACGAACCCAGUUGCUGGCUGAGGAGGAGCGUUUGCGUAGAGAAGAGAUCGCCGAUCCCGAUCUGGAGCUCGAUGCGGACAAUCCAGAGCAUUUUGUUCAACUAAUCGAGGCUGAUGAGCAGUUUCGUAACGCGAUCUCCGAAUUUCAGGAAAGUGUGUUGGCCGUCGAGAAGAAACGUUCCAAUCGCAAGGCCAGGAAUGAUAUCACCGAUUUCGAGCAGUGGUAUUUGGAUCAUCUCGAAGUACCACUCGACGACAUGGACGAUGAACCUAUACUAGGCUCUGUCCGUAACAGCCUUAGGGCCUCCCAGCCGAAUACGAAAGUAUAACAAGCAUCCUUGUCAUUAUUAUUAUAAUUAUUAGUAUUUAUUUAUUAAGUAACAACCAUUCACUCAACUACAACGCAUUUCCUAAAUUCUUGAUGUAUACGAACAUAUGCACUUUUUAAUCAACAUGCGUACAUACAAACAUAUUUAUAAGUAUAUUGUAAGGGGAGGGGGGAAAAAAAUAAAAAAAAACAAAUUAAUUUAGACUUUAA